AUGAUCAAGUGUUUGUCAGAUGAAGUACAAGCCAAAUUGCGUUCCGGUUUGGCCAUAAUCUCCUUAAGCCAAUGUGUUGAGGAACUUAUCCUCAAUAGUAUUGAUGCUGAAGCAAAAUGUGUGGCCAUCAGAGUGAAUAUGGAAACCUUCCAAGUUCAAGUGAUAGACAAUGGGUUUGGGAUGGCGGGUGAUGAUGUAGAGAAGGUGGGAAACCGGUAUUUUACUAGUAAAUGCAACUCAAUACAGGACUUGGAGAACUCAAAGUUUUAUGGUUUCCGAGGAGAGGCCUUGGCAAGUAUAGUUGACAUGGCUAGUACUGUGGAAAUUUUAUCCAAGAAAAACACAACUAUGAAAACCUUUGUGAAAAUGUUUCAGAAUGGAAAAGCCCUAAAUGUUUGUGAAGCUGAUUUGACUAGACCAAGUGUGGGAACAACAGUAACAGUGUAUAACCUGUUUUCCCAGUUCCCUGUGAGGAGGAAAAGCAUGGACCCCAGACUAGAGUUUGAGAAGGUUAGGCAGAGGGUAGAAGCCAUCUCACUCAUGCACCCUUCCAUCUCUUUCUCUUUGAGGAACGAUGUUUCUGGUGCCAUGGUCCUCCAACUCCCCAAAACCAAAGAUAUAUGUUCUCGGUUUUGUCAAAUUUAUGGACUGGGCAAGUCCCAAAAGUUAAGAGAAAUACAUUUUAAAUAUAAGGAGUUUGAGUUCAGUGGCUACGUUAGCUCUGAAGCACACUACAAUAAGAAUAUGCAGUUUCUGUUUGUGAACAGAAGACUAGUUCUAAGGACAAAGUUGCAUAAACUCAUUGACUUUUUAUUAAGAAAAGAAAGCAUUAUAUGCAGGCCAAAGAAUGGCUCUGCCAGUAGACACAUGAAUUCAAGUCCUCGGCAUCGCUCUGCCUCGGAACUCCAUGGGAUAUAUGUAAUCAAUGUGCAGUGCCAGUUCUGUGACUAUGACGUGUGCAUGGAGCCAGCCAAAACUCUGAUUGAGUUUCAGAACUGGGAUACCCUGUUGAUUUGUAUUCAGGAAGGAGUGAAAAGGUUUUUAAAGCAAGAAAAACUAUUUGUAGAAUUAUCAGGUGAAGAUAUUAAGGAAUUUAACGACGAUAAUGAUUUCAGUUUGUUGGGAGCUACCCUUCAAACACAUGUAUCUACUCAUGAGAUGUGUGAACAGAGCAGUUUCCAGGAAGCAUGCAAUCAUAUUUUGGAUUCCUAUGAAAUGUUCAAUUUGCAGUCAAAAACUGUGAAAAGAAUAGCUACCAUAGAAAAUACAAACCCACAAAAUUCUGGGGCUUCAGAAGCUAUCAGAAAAAAGACAAAUGACUCAUCACGCCAUUGUGAAGCAGAUGGCCUGGGCGGUAGUAAGAUGAUAGAGCCAUCAUCACCCAGCAAAAACAGCGCUCACUCAGAAUCAAGGGUGUUGCAGGAAGCAGCACAAUCAGGAGAAAACGAGGAACAUCAGAAGUCUUUCUUGGAACAUAGGAGGGCCUCAGAAAGUCCACCUGGAACUAGCCCAAAAAUGUUUCCAAACCCUAUUCGGACACAUCAUCUCUUUGAGAAGGGCAAGGCAGAACUAGAAACACAGAAAAUAAGUACUGCUGUUAAUGUCAUGGCUGCCGACAUUCCCCAAUAUGGUGGGAUUCAGAGUCCACUGGAGAAAUGUAAAGAAGCUACCAAAGUGGGGUACCAACCUCUGCCUUUUGAGACAACAGCAUUUAGAGUACAUGAUACACAGAGAAAGAAGGAAAAAGGAAGAAAAGAGCCUAGUAGUCAUGGAAGAGUAAAUGUUUUUAGUUAUGGACAAGUUAAAUUGUGCUCCACCGGCUUUAUAACUCAUGUGGUACAAAAGGAGCACACUAAGUCAGCCGAAGCCGAACAUUCAUUUAAAAGUUAUGUUCGACCUGGUCCUGUAAGUGCCCAAGAAACAUUUGGAAAUAGAGCACACCACGCAGUUGAGACUCUAGGAAAUAAUGAUUUUACAAGCACUUUAAAUAAAGAACCUGCUCAUCUGCUCCACAAAAAAUUGCGCAGGACAAAUGCAAGUUAUGGGACAGAGGACAACCCAGCAGCAGCGGAUGAGAACUUGACUCUCUUUCAGGAAAGUGGCACAGGAUCCCACAGAGAUUGCUUUUUGCCUGAUACAUCCUCCUUCCCAUGGUAUAGAUAUGCUUCAAAUAAGAAAACAGAUAAGAUGAUGUGUUCCUCCAAACACGUAGUCCAUAGGAAGCUAAGCCUGCGUUCACAAGUAGGAUCUUUAGAGAAGUUUAAGAGGCAGUAUGGGAAGGUUAACAGUUCUCUAGAUACAGAGGGGGACAGUAACACCGAAGUCAGGACCCAUCGAGAUGCUCGGGUGGAAACUGGCAUUCUACUGAAAGACAAGGACCACUUAGAUACGUCUGAUGGUGGUGAGAGCACUGCUGUGGACCCCAGCGAUUCACAUGAUGCUUGUCAACCAGCAAGUCACAUCCCAUUCUCAGAGACAUUUCCAUUUUCCAAAGAAGACUACUUAGGACAGAUGCCUCAUCUGAGAGAAAGUCCCAUUACUCUGACAGAAUUAUCUCACUGUCGCAGAAAACCUUCCAAUGUGGAGAAGUCCGCUGAAUCACUAGCUUCUAAGUUAUCCAGACUGAAAGGUUCCGAAAAAGAGAUGCAAACAAUGGAGAUGACAGACUACAUCAGCGAACUUCCAGAUUCGGGUUCCAGUUGGACAGACAGUAGCCGGGCUGCUAGGUCAGACUUACAUGCUUGUGAAUUACUUAAAAAUAAACAUGAAAAAAUAGAGAGUGGCAUGCUCCUAAUACCGGACCCUGCCACACACGAUAAUUCCAGCCAUGACAGUGCCAUACAUUCUAAAAAUAUAAUGGAUGGCACAGAGAGACGAGAAACUCCUUUGCUGCUGUUACCCUGCAAUGACUCUGAAAUCAGUAAAGAUUCAGAUGUUCUCACCAGGUCUUCAGAACAGCAUACAGGAAGUCCUGAUCCUCCCCAUAGAAUGACCAUGAGUCAGGUAGAAGACAGCACUGCCAGCCAAGGUGGAACUUGUUCCCAAAAUGAAGAAUCUAAAGCGAGAUCAUGUUCCACAAAUGAAGACUCAAAUUCAUAUUGUAUGGGUUGGCAGCAGCAUUUUGAUGUAACUCUGGGAAGAAUGGUUUACAUCAACAGAACAACAGGACUUAGCACGUUUGUUGCUCCUACUGAAGACAUCAAGACUGCUUGUACUAAAGACCUGACAACUGUGGCUGUGGAUGUCCUACUUGGGAAUGGGGUUCAGUACAGGUGUCAUCCUUUUAGAAGCGAUCUUAUUCUUCCUUUCCUUCCAAGAGCCCAGGAAGAGAGGACUAUGUUGAGACAGAACGACAGAGACGCUGUGGGUGCUGCUGCUGUCAGUGAGUCACUUCAGUCUUUAUUUUCAGAAUGGAACAAUCCAGUAUUUGCCCGUUACCCAGAGGUUGCUGUUGAUGUCAGCAGUGGCCGGGCUGAGAGCUUAGCAGUUAAAAUUCACAACGUACUCUAUCCGUAUCGCUUCACCAAAGAAAUGGUUCAUUCAAUGCAGGUUCUCCAGCAAGUGGACAACAAGUUUAUUGCCUGUUUAAUGAGCACGAAAAUGGAAGAGAAUGGCAAAGCAGGUGGAAACCUGCUAGUCUUGGUGGAUCAGCACGCUGCCCAUGAGCGAGUUCGUUUGGAGCAGCUUAUUUCUGACUCCUAUGAGAAGCAGCCUCCGCAAAGCUCUGGUCGGAAAAAAUUACUGUCUUCCAUGAUAAUUCCUCCUCUAGCCAUCACGGUACCAAAGGAGCAAAGGAGACUCUUGUGGUCUUACCACAAACAUUUAGAAGAUCUGGGACUGGAAUUGAUCUUUCCAGAUGCUAGUGAUUCUUUGAUCCUUGUGGGAAAAGUGCCGCUCUGCUUUGUAGAAAGAGAAGCCAGUGAGCUUCGAAGAGGAAGAUGCACCGUGACUAAGAGCAUCGUGGAGGAAUUUAUUCGAGAACAAGUGGAGCUGCUGCAGACCACAGGAGGCAUCCAGGGGACAUUGCCGCUGACUGUCCAGAAGGUGUUGGCCUCCCAAGCCUGCCAUGGGGCCAUUAAGUUUAAUGAUUGCCUGAGCCUAGAGGAGAGCUAUCGCCUCAUCGAAGCUCUGUCCUUGUGCCAGCUGCCAUUCCAGUGUGCUCAUGGGAGACCUUCAAUGCUGCCCUUAGCUGACCUGGACCACUUGGAACAGGAAAAGCAGGUUAAACCCAAUAUUGCUAAACUUCGAAAAAUGGCCCGUGCCUGGCAUCUCUUUGGAAAAGCAGAAGGCCGUGAUAACAAGGCAGAGCCUGUCACAGUCCAUGCCUCCUGUGAGCCACCGUGAAAACAGAGUUAGGGAUCUGUAAAGAGUCGGGAAUGGAGGAGUGCCUCCCAGCAGAGCACCAUCUACAGCUGUGAGCGGGUCAGCCUGGCCUGAGUAGUCGGCACAUCAGUCUCCUGGAGCAGACACACUAAAGCCAAAGGACAGUCCAUUCCUCUGCACCCAUGGACACGGGGAUUUGCCACAUAAUGCCUACCUUUUCUGAUAAAAUGGUGAUUUUCUAAUUGGUAGGUUGGUUUAUGUUUGAGAAGUGUGGCUGUUGUUUUUGAGCAGUUUUCCCGGCCUCUCCAUUUACGUAUGUGAGAGGAUGCUAAGCGCUAAGGCUGGUCUGCUUUUCCCAAAGCCCCUGGCCCAGCACCCUCCUCCCCACUCAUCACUCCCCUCCGUUAGUCCUCUUAGCUUCACUCCCCUGCUUCUUUACAGUCUGUGUUAGGUUUAUGGUGCUUCUCUAUAAAAAUAUUACCUGAUGUCUUCCAGAAAGACUUUAGUUAAAUUAUUUUAGGGAUUAGAAAUUAUUAAUAGGUGGGUGUAGUGAUGUAUCUAUACCUGUAAUCCCAGUGCUUGGAGGGCAGAGGCAGAAGGCUGGCAAGGUCAGUACUGGUCUAGGCUAUCUAGCAAGACCCUUUCUCAAAAUAAAUAAACUAUCAACAAAGAGAAAGAAACACAAGAUAGAGUAGAGAAAGUUAGAAAUCUUUUCUCUUUUUUAAUUCUCUGUGUAGCUGGCCUCAAACUCGGAGAUCUGCUGCCUCUGUCUUCCCAGUGCUGGGAUUAAAGGUGUGUGCCACCAUCACCUGGCAAGAAAACUUACAGGGAUUUUUUUUUUUAAUAUUCUUACUGCUUCUUAAUGAAUGUUCAUAUCCUAAACCAGUAAAAUGUUAAAAAAAUACUACUUGUUUCUGAAAAUGAAUUUUGUACUUUAUAAAAUGUUUCUGUGAAAGUAA